CCGGCGAGAAAGAACGAAUCGAUCUUCCUCGAAAGCUUCCUCGAAAUCGUCUCGAAAAUUUUCUCUUUUUAAAUUCGACGAUAACGGUUUCCGGAAUCCAUUCGGAUUCGAGCGCGCGUGCGAGGAGCGUGUGCCGGCCUGGAGGGAGGGGAGGAGAGGGGAGCGGAUAAGAGGAGGCGAGGCGAGGCGCCGAAAGCACACGCGUAGCACGGCGAUUACCGCUAAUUGCCUCUCUAAUUGACCCACAUUCGCCUCGUCGUCGUCGUCGUCGAGGCGAGGCGAGGCCGACGUUUUUCGAGUCUCGACGCGCCUGUACCUUUGGAGUGGAGGAGGAGGAGGAGGUGGAGGAUCGUGGAAGAUCCACAAGAGGGGUUUAAGAGGAGAGAACUCAUCGAAUUUUAAUCACUUCGAAAUUUGGAAACGCGUGUAUCAAAAAUAUCGGAUCUCUCUCCCUCUCUUUCUCUCUGCCUUCUCCUAUUUCCUUAUUUUUUCCCUUCCUCCUCUAAGUAAUUCCCUUCCUCUAAUUAUUACCAUUAAUUUAUUAAGCGCGUCGAGUCGAGCGCGUAUAUCGGCUUUAAAAGCGCGCCCGCCUUACGCCGUUUCCUUUAAGCCAAUUCGUUCGACUGAAACACACUUCCCGAGUAAUCCAUCUUAACGUAAUUAACCGGUUAUACGUCGAGCAGUUAGCGGUGGUCGACGUUCAACUCCCUCCCUCUCCCUCUCUCUCUCUCUCUCUUCGUUUUUUUUUGCCUCCUCCUCUUGCUCCUCGUUUCUCACCUUGUUCCGGGUCAUUGUGCCGGUGGAUAGGCCGAGGAGAUUCUCCAACUCGAUGGAGAAUUUUGUUGUCUCGACGAGAAGGUGAUUCGAACGAGUGAAAAGAAAGUGAAAAUUUUUAGAUCGUUCGAGUAUAUCUUGUGGAGGAUGGAAGGGAAGAAUUUUAUAAUAUUGAUUGCCCAGAUCUUCGAUUUUGGAAAAUUUUAGAAGAGGGAACGAAUUAUCCUUUGGACGAUUGGAUGAAGAAUUGCAAUUCUUUCAACCUUGGAAGCUUGGGGACGAACGUACAUUCGAGAGGAGGGGCUGGAGGAGGAGAGGAUAAGAUCGUCGCCCCCCUCUCCGCCGUUCGUUACGCGGGAACUUUGAUACCGGAAACGAGUGGAGAAGAAGACAUCGAGGGCGCAAUCGUGCGGAUAAACGGGACGGGGCGCCUACGUCACGCCGGGCGUUUCAACUUUUACGGAUCUCGCCCCGUGGCGCGGGAUGUGCGCGUUAAGAGAGGAGGGUCGUAUGGAUUUUUGCGCGCCCCCUUCUCUUUGCGUGUGCACGAGAUCAAAUUUUAUCGCCUUCGAACGCCAUCACGCUUACGAUAUUUAACGUUGUAGCCUUAAUUUGUUGUCGAUAUAAUUAUCAUUCUCUUUUUUUCUUUUUUUUUUUUGCAUGUUUUAGGUGUGAUCGAUCGAUCGAGUAAUUUCGGUAAUUAUCUUUCUUCUCUGUCUCUUUUUAAAUGGAGGAAUUUAGGUUUAAAAAUUUCUUCACGAAGUUAUUAAUUGUUAUUUAAUAUUUGAAGUAGAAGGAAUCGAUUGAAAGGUGAAUUAUUUAUUUUUAAAAUUUAAAUUUUAAAGUUUCAGCUCAAUUUUUCAAAUUCGAAUUUCCAAUUUUCCGAUUUCCUGGGAGAUCUGAUUUCGAGUGUUGUAAUUUAUUUCUUUGAAAGGGAAAAAAGAAAAGGAAAUAGUCCCUUCCUCUCUCUCUCUCCCUCUCGUCUUUCGAAAUCCGCCCGAAAAACCAUCAUCCCCUUCUCGAAACUCGUUAUUACGUAACCCCAAGAACGUCAAAGCAAAUUGGCUGUGACGUUGGUGUCGAAACGUAUUCCGAAAAAAUUCUGACGUGGGUGAUAUUACCUUGGUAUUUUUCGAAAAAAUUAGAGAAAAAUAUUCCGUUGAAAAAAGUGCGUGUCUCUCUCUCCCCCAUUUUUUUUCGUUCUCGAGGGAGGGGGAAAAAAUAAUUCGAACGUCUUUAAAUUUCUAAAAAAAAAGAGAAAAGAAUAUCAAGAAAGGCGAGAUAAUUCGAUACAUUUUGAAUGUAAAGAUUUUACAUCGAAAAUUACAUUACGAAAAUAUUCUCAUCCCCGUUUCAAAUUUUGCUCGCUAAAAGCUGCAGCUACUCUCCGCGGCACCGAUGAAAAUUUCUUUCUCAACUUUAUAAUAAAAAGCCACUCUUCCACUCUUUGUCAAAUUAUUAUGAAAAAAAAGAUCGAUUUUAAAAAUUGGUUUUCGAAAAGGAUGAUCCUAAGACGGAUGAUCCUUUUUCUUUUUCCCCCCUUUCAAAUCCGAUCAAAAUUCCGGCUACACGAAAAUUCAUCAAAAUUUCCCUCGAAAUCGAACCCUCCCCUCCCCGUUUCAUUAUUAUUAGUAAGAUGUUCCAGAGUAACCUUUCCCACGUGACCAACUUUAGAAUUCCAGGUACGUUCAUGCCCAUGAGCCCGGGGAAGAAAGAAGAAUAGUGGGAGAGUCAACAGAAGGACCGGGCUCCACCCUCGAAACUCAUUAAAAGUGUCGCUUUUGCCCGAAACGCGUCGAACGCCUUUAUUUCAGAAAGUUUCAGGCGCGAGAGAGAAGAAGAAGAAGAAGAAGGAAGAGGAGGCAGCCGGGAAGGAGGUGUUGGGAUCUCGAGUGUGGGGGGCGAUUGGACGCGGGCCAGGGCGUAAGUGUACACGCGGCCGUGAUUGCGCGAGGAGAAUGUAAUUAGUGACGGGACGUUGGCGGCGAUCCCUACCCGCGGCUUGCUGGCCUGCGCGAUAUCCGGGACAAACUCGGCGGGAAUCCGUGGAGCCCGGGACUGGUGUGGCUGUUUGCGGAACGUUUCCGUGCGAUUAUGCGCGCGGCUAGGCCCGCCGCGAGAGUAAGCUGUUGAAGCGAGCCGAGGGAGGCGAACCAUUAUUCUUCUGGAGGAGUUGCGGAGGAGAUCAACGGGCGAGAGGAUUUUGCGACUUGGAAACAUUUCCGAGGAAAGAGGGAGCGACAUCUGUUUAACAGAGGCCGAGGCAACUCGCUACGCGAGCGACUGGGUCCCGAUUUUCCGGACGCGGCAUCAUCCCGACACGAGAACGACUGGACCGUCGCCACUGGACAUCGUCGAUAUACAACGGCCCGGUCCGACAAGCACACACACAACCCUCGCUCGGUGUGGUAUCGGUCGUCUCGUGUAUUUCGUCCCAUCUGUGCGCGCACGGCGUACGUGUCUGCGUGUCCGUCUGUCGGCGCGUGUACCCGCGUACGAACGAUAAUGCUGGCGGCUGACGGUUUCGGUGAUCGACGACGACGCGGCCGGUGAACUAGUGACAGUGUGAAAUCGAUCGUCAGCGGGGAAACCGGCUAGCGGUCGGCACUAAAUAUACCCGAGGAAUAAUGGCCAGCGCGACAAUGGGACUCCGUCGCAGAGUGCCAGUGAACAAUUCCCCGACCCCGUCGGGACAAUCCGCGUCGGCCACUGGCUCGUCCAGCAAACGUUCAAGGUCCGAGAACAACAACAGCCCGUCCCACGGUAAUCUGAACUCGAUGAACGCGAGUGCACGGGACGAGCCACCUACCAAGAAGUCACGUGGUACGUCGACGAACGCGACUAAAGCGACAUCUUCGUCGUCUUCGAACGCGUCCUCCUCGUCGCCCGAGACGAGUCCCUCGUCGAAAAAUCGCGGUGGUUCUGUGUCGAGGUCCGGAAACGCGCAAACGAAAACGUCCACGGCAUCGGUAUCCACGACGUCGGAUCCCGUGUCCAAUAACAGUGUGCUGUCCAGUAGUUGGCAAACCACGAACAUGUCCGAUGUGUCUACGUACGCUUCCGUGGCUGGAUUGAGCAUGGCCUCGAGUCCAACCGCCGGUCUGUGCGCCGGCAGCCUCAGCAUGCCCACCCCGAUACCGUAUAUGUCUUCGUCUAUGGCCACGUUCGUGGGAAACGCGACGAACCUGGGCAAGAGCUCGUCCGUCUCGUAUCUGGACAUUUCGAAUAUGACCGGUGGUUCGUUGAGCUCGGCCGCAUCCGGAUUGAACAAUGCCUACGUCGGGAAUGGAAACGGUGGUAGCGCGAUGGACUCGAAGAACGGCGUGCCCAUGCCGUUCUCUGGAAUCGCGACUGGCGUAAACGGGGCCGGUUACGGGAUGCAAAAGGGACAAGCGGAGAACGCGAGCCUGCCGAAGAAGUUUCAGAACGAUAGUAUGUUCAACGCGUAUCAACCGUGGGUGAUCAAAACGUACGGCGAUUUGGCCAAGACUAAGACGAUCACGAUUAAAAAGUACGCGCGUAUAUUGCGAACAUUGAGAGGUGAGGAAGUGAACAGUGCGGAGAACAGUAAGUUUCGAUUCUGGGUGAAGAGCAAGGGGUUCCACAUCGGGCAGCCGGAAGGAUACGACGCGAAACCGGCGGACAGGAUUAUCGGACGUCACGCGGUGACGAGUCCCGGAUUGGAUCCACCGUUGUACGUGCCCACACAGUUGCCGCAUAACAAGACGUUAAACGGCGCCGAGGGUACCGUUCCACCCGGAAGAGUGUAUAAGAAAGUCGCGAUCGUGGAGAACUUCUUCGACAUUAUUCAUGCUGUCCAUGUUGACCUUGAGGGUCGUCCAGGGAAGCAUGCCGGUCAAAAGAGAACGUACAGAACGAUCACGGAAACGUACGCAUUUCUACCCCGCGAGGCGGUGACGCGAUUUCUGCUGGGGUGCACGGAAUGCCAACGGCGUCCACGUACCCCUAGCCCGACCAAUUUGUCGAAUCAAUCGCAGCAGCCGACGCCGCUCGCGACGACCGCGCUCACGUCCACGACCACGACCACGAAUACACCGUUGAGCCCGAACCCCGCCGCCACCCUCGCCACCUCCUCGUCCUCGUCGGUGCAAAGUAGCAGCCCGAAGCAGCGCGAGGGGAACAGCCACCACCACCACCACCACCACCACCACCAUCACCAUCACCAUCACGAGGGUGGAGGGAAUGGCAAGCCUCUGUACAGUUACAGGCACCACCAGAAGCACCAGCAGAAGGGUGGCGGCGAGAAGGGCGAGGGCAAGGAGAAGGAGGAGAAGUACAAUCCCCUGAGCAUCACGAAUCUGUUGAAGAAGGAGCCGGUGACGACGGGGGCCGGUUUCCUGCCGACCACGGACACUCUGCCCGACUCGAGGAGGACCCCGGAGUCGGACCGCGCCAGCUCCCGAAGCUCCGCUUCCUCGAAGAGGAAGAGGAUGCUGCCCGAGGGCCGGACACCCUCCCCUCAGCCUAGCCACCCGUUGCCAAGGCCUUGGAGCCCUGGCCUCGAUCCCAAGAACACGCCCAUCGACUACAGUCUUCCCAUCACUACCUCGUACCUGAAGCAUCAGCAGAGGCUGCUGUUGCAGGCGGAGAAGAAGAAGGCAGCGGCUGCUGCCGCCGCCGCCGCCGCAGCUUCUUCCUCUUCCUCCUCUUCCUCGUCGUCAGCGACGAAGGAGGCAGAGAUCGAGCAGAAGGCGAUACCCUCGGACGAGAUGGAGAGGGACACGGUGGAGAGGGACAGAUACUCGCCCGCCACGGGCCUCAUCGACACGAAUCUCAAUCUAUUGGCCACCAUACAACACCUCCACUGCCAGGUGAUGCUCGCCCUUACGGAGAGGCUGAGACCGUCGAUCGCUAUGCCGAAUCCCCUCGUUUUGCCAACUAUUGGCAACGUGCUGUCCACGGGGAUGAUGAUCGGCUCGGAGGUGUCGGUCCAGACGGGCGAGAAUCACGCGACGUGAGUCGCGACCACCUCCCCCAAUCGUCUCGUCGCCGAUCAAGCAUGAUGAUUGAUGUUGUUGAUUCCAUUCCAUUCCAUUCGAGGAAGGGACGACGUAUUCGACGAGGUUUAUAUCCUCUCGAAGAAUUCGAGUAACGCGAUCGUAUGUUAAAUCUAUUCAAUUACUUGGUCGCACAACUUUGAAGUCGUGUUUCAAGUCUCUCUCUCUCUCUCUCUUUCUCCCGAUAUAGAACGGGGAGAGGGGGAGGGGGAGAACGAAAUUAUUCGCGAAGCCUGUCAAAAAUAUGGGUCGGUCGAGAAGAAGGAAAGAAGAUAUUUCGAGAUUCCCUCCCGACCGAAAAUGGAACCUGGUUUUCGACGGGGGAGAGGGAGGGAGGGACGGCUGCUUGAAUAUUUGAACAAGUGGAAACAAGAUCGAUGACGGACGGGGAGGGGAGAGGGGUAUCUUUCUCUCUCUCUCUCGCUCUCUCUCUCUCCCUCUCCCCACUUUUCGCCUUUCGACAAACUAUACCGGCUAUAAAUUCGAUGCAUCGACGAUGUACUACUACGUGUUGUUAUCUUCGUUCUUUCUUCUUCUUCGUUAUUCGAGCUCUCUUCGUUUCUCUUUUCGUACACAGGAUGAGAGAGGAUAAUAUUUUGUCCGUCACCGAUUUUUAUCCGAUGUAUUCGAAACGCACAAUUACGCUUAAAUCGAUUUCUCGUUUAUUCGGGGGGGAAUAUUAUUAUUAUUAUUAUUAUUAAUAACUACGUGUACCAAAGGCGUUGCAAGGGGAAAAGGGAGGGGGGUGGACGAGGAUAUUUUCUUUUUCAGAAGGAGGAAGGAGAGAAUUUUUGGCCUGAACAAUUGUUUUUGAUCGAUGUUUGUAUUAUUAUUAUUAUUAUUAUUAUUAUGGAAUCGAAGGAACGAUGAUAGUGCGAUUCUCGUUCUCGAGGGAUGGGGGUGAAAAGAAAACAAGAAAUUUUUUCGUAUUUUGACCGUGAUUUUUGUAGAUUAGCCUUGUACUGUAUGAUAUUAAACGAGGGGGAGAGAGAGAGAGAGAGAGUGAGAAAGUAUAGUAGUUUUCUUCUGUGUAUUAUAAUUAGCUUUUUGCUCGUUGUAGACGUCGAUUCGCGCACUAUUGGCGUGAACUCGGCGUGUUUGUACUAGGAGUUUGAUAAUCGUUGUGAAAGUAGAAAA